AUGCUGGGUGCGCCCACCGUCAUCAACGACGUCGCUCUCAAUGAGACUGCCCUGGAGUCCUGGCAUUACACGCUCUACAGCAAUGGCACGCUUUCGAACGGGUCGCACUGCUUUCUCGCGUUCGGCGUCCAUAAGCCCGUCAUCUUUGCAAAUGGGACCUUCACCAACACCACCUCGUGUUACACGCCGGUAAACCCCAUCGCGGCUCGAGGCAUCACCGGCCUUGUCUUUGGCUCGUUCUUUGCCUUGUCCAUUCUCUUCUCGACCAUCAACCUCAGAAAGCAUGGCCGCGCAUAUCUGCCUCGGCAGAGGGGGUGGAAACCGGUCGGGAGACGCUGGCCGUGGUAUUGGACUUUGGUCGUCGCUGCUUGUGGCAUCUUGAGCUCGUUCACCGCUGUCGACGUGGACCGAGACUACAUCGUCAACACACCCAUCAUCCUCCAAAGCUUUUUUCUCACCCUGAUGGUUCCGGUGUUGCUGGCUUGUGUCUGGGAGGCUGUGAGAAGCUGGAGCUCAUUCAACCACCGUCAACUCCAAGAGGCACAAACGUAUACCUUCUCAGCACAUGCCUUCCAUGAUCGAGUCAAUUUCUAUCUCCCCUUACUCUUCUACACUUUCGAUUGCCUGGUGUUCUUCCUGCUCGUCCCUCGAUCUUGGCCAUUUGCUCAGAAGCAACGGUCCCCUAGGCAGAUUUUGGAAUCAGCUCGGCCUGCGGCGCUUGAUGCUCGAUUCAAGACGGCUUCCGCCCUGGCAGCAGUCUGUCUUGCAUUUACUGUCUUCCAGUUGGGCUAUGGCAGCAAGACUUACAGGACCAAGAUCCCUGCAACCCUCUUCCUGACCGUCAUUGCUCUUGCCUUACGCAUAGCGUAUGGGGUUGUGGGAUCCUGGGUGUGGGAACUGUCGCCAUAUCGCCGAGACCUGAGCGUCGGGUUGUUGUACGGACUCGGGUACGCACCCGGUCUACUCGUCCUUGUGCUGCUCAACAUUUACGGGUACAUACAUGAGAAUGAAGAUAAGUUAUUGAUCGCCCAGCGCGUGGAGAGCGGUGAAGAGUUGGGUGAGGGGCUUGCUGGAGCCAUGCAAUCUCGUCAACACCACCGUCGCCGACCACCAGCCUGGUGGUUCAGGUCUCGAAACCCAUUCGCGUCGCCAAGCGGGGUCUUCAAGAUCCCUUCUUACUCCCGAAGACCGCCGUUGGAAGACGACUCCCACGUGAUGCACGCCAACCGAGCAGACGAAGAGGACGAAAGCGGAUCCGCCUGGUGGCAGCGGCACAGACGGGCAGAAGAGGAUGCUAGGUACAGGAAACCAAGGCAGAGUGCAACCAGUAACGGAUCGGCCGCAAGCUCAAUGUUUACGGGACGCGGCACUACGGGCAUAGCCCUACGAUUCACAGAGCCCGAAAGCUCACUGCCCCCUCCAAAAUACGAGAGGGAGACACGAUAUGAAUACAGCGAAGAUUGUCGGUCACAGCCUGCAUCGUCCACCCACUCGCUCCAAUCAGUGCCUCAGGUGGUCAGGAGUAUGCUUGACGUAUGA